GACUAAACAUUACUCAUCGAAGUCAAGUAAAUGUAUUAUGACUCUUGGAUUCCACACUUGAUCACACAAAAGUCGAGGAUAUUCAUUUGUAACUUCUCAACUUCUCGACUAUUACAAUUCAAGAUACCCAAAUCUCAAAGAUAAAAUACUACGGCAAGCUAACAAACCAUCUGUCAAAUAUUUAUCACAAUGGGAAUUCAUAGGAAAUUUACGGAGAAGGUCAAGACACAUCCAAAGUACUUUCAAAUAUUCCUCGUCGCUCUGGUUGUGACGUUCAUUAUAACUAUUCUCGUUGUAGGAUCUCUAUCUGAGCCCAACCGGCUCCUGCAGUUAUACGCUCCUUCUGAGAAGUAUGAUUUAUAUAAAGUUUAUUUCUUUCAAGUUUGCCGGUCUAAGAUUGAUGGAAUCAAUGAUGGCUGUCAUGGGUAUUUACCGGCGGUUCUUUCUAAUGAUGCUUCCAUUGCUGGAUUUCCAAACCUCAGAAUUAUCUUCGCCUUAUUUUUUCUGAGUGGCCUCGCCCAUCUCGUCCACGGCUAUUUCGGUAUAAGAGUUCAUUUGAAUCAUCUACAUCACCCCAAAAUCGAGAAUGCCAUGGCUUUUAUAUCCUUCUUCACCUCGCUCGCAGCUGCAAUCGCCUGUCCAUGGAUUUUGAUCGAUUACCGGUGCCGCAUUCAGUCUAUCAGUAACGACGAAAUCACUGUAGAUGUCAGUACUAGUAUUAUUGGACUGGGAUUCACGGCUGUGCUCUUCAGUCUCGUGAGUAGAGAGAUCCUGAUUGUGGGGACACUCAAGAAUGAGAGAGCGAUUCUAGCAUUUUCGAGCAGUGCAGAAGAUGGUGAGGGCCCACUUCAACCCUCUCAAGAUUACGGGGAUGAGGAGGGAGAUGAGGAGGAGAAUGGAUCGCCAAAGGUCCCGGUCCGAACUACUAAGGAAGAGUAUGCCAGGCCUGCUGUGGGAGGGUACCAGGGCAAGCCGGAAGAGUAUGCCAGGCCUGCUGUGGGAGGGUACCAGGGCAAGCCGGAAGAGUAUGUCAGGCCUGCUGUGGGAGGGUACCAGGGCAAGCCGGAAGUGGUAUCGCCUUCAUCUGGAUACGUAUCGCGACCUCAAGGACCUGCAUACCAAUCGCGACCUCAAGGACCUGCAUUUCCACCGGGCAUAUGAUUCCGCCCGCGACUCAGUUUGGAAUUUAUGAUUAAAGAGUUAGUAAAGCAAUGUAAAAUACGUGGUUUCGACACCAACCCCACGUGGGAAGAUGGACGGAUAUCCAGUGGGCAUCAGUUGAAGUUUAUGGCUGUGGGGAUUUAUAGUAAAUAGCAACGCGCAGUGUAUUUAACCGUUUGCAAGUAGUCAGACUCGAGACUCGUUAAGCUUGGGAGCGUUCAGGGUGUUGGGGAAAAUAGUAAUCUCGUUGUUUUUCUA